GCUGGUGCGCAGGGGUAGGGGGACCAGGAAGGCAAGCGGGAGUGGGGAGGUCCAAUACCAGGCUAGACUUCGGUGUUCUUAUUCAGAAGGGAGUGUUGGCCCCUACAGGAGGUUUUCAAGGAGUGGAAUGCCAUUGUGGGGGGGUUCAGGAAGAUGGCUGGGUGGUGGGAGGCCACACUAGAGGGACAGUGGAGGUUCUUACAGCAGUCCUCGGGGAGGAGGCACAGCCAAGACCUGGACUUAGGGGCUGGAGGACCCAAAGGCAGAGGGGGUGAAGGGGGAGGGGGUGGAGACUGCUGUCCAGGGACUGAGAUAGACAGAAGGGGAGGAAUCCCAUGUGAAGCCUAGGAGCCUGGGAUAAGACCCUUUGAGGCUUGUUAAUUUGGAGGGGCUGGUGGGAUGUCCUUGGGGGUAAGUUUGAAAGGCAGGGCAGAAGAAGGUGGGAUCUGGAGGGACACCGUAAGAAGGGUUAUGCGAAGAGUCAGCAUCCUGGAACAUGGGGACAGAGAUGUGAGACCCUGAUCACUCCAGUGGCAUCUCUCUGAGGCUCAGUUUGCUCAUCUAUAAAAUGGGUUGCUGUGAGGGUUCCGGUGUUCCUGGAAGCGUCCCCCAUCAAACACUUGGAAACACAAUCGCUAUGGUUUGUGGCGUCCGGGGGGGCCCCCAGAUAAGUGUGUCAGGGUUCAGCCGUUGAGGGGGGCUAAGCUGGGCUGAGGGGACACCACUGCCCCCUGUUGGCUGUCUGGGCCAGAGCGCCCCUGGCCCCCGACGGGCGGGGCGACCUGCGGGCUGCUAGCGGGUUGGCCGCCUCCAGACUGCCAGUCGGCCCGCUCUGGCGCCGCGUCCGUCCGUCGAUCAGUGCGAGGACGCCCGGCCCGCGCUCGGCGAGUGGGCUCCCGGCCCCUGGGAUCCCGCGGGGCGCAGGCGGCAUGGUUCCUCUCUGUUUCAACUGCUCCAUCCUCCCUGGAGACAGGUCCCUGGGUGCAAGGAGCCCGGUGUCCUGCAAUGGCAGCAGGGCUCUGGGGCCCUUUGACCCCCAGGACUUGAACCUGACCGAUGAAGAGCUCAGGCUCAAGUACCUGGGGCCCCAGCAGACGGAGCUGUUCGUGCCCAUCUGUGUCACCUACCUGCUGAUCUUCGCGGUGGGUGCGGUGGGCAACGCGCUGACCUGCACGGUCAUCCUGCGCCACAGGGCCAUGCGCACGCCCACCAACUACUACCUCUUCAGCCUGGCCGUGUCGGACCUGCUGGUGCUGCUCGUGGGCCUGCCCUUGGAGCUCUACGAGAUGCAGAAUAACUACCCGUUCUUGCUGGGCGCCGGCGGCUGCUACUUCCGCACGCUGCUCUUUGAGACCGUCUGCCUGGCCUCGGUGCUCAACGUCACCGCCCUGAGCGUCGAGCGCUACGUGGCUGUGGUGCACCCGCUGCGGGCCAGGUCGGUGGUGACGCACGCCCACGUGCGCCGCGUACUCGCAGCCAUCUGGGGCCUAGCCGUGCUCUGCUCUCUGCCCAACACCAGCCUGCACGGCAUCCGGCAGCUAGAUGUGCCCUGCCGGGGCCUGGUGCCCGGCUCGGCCGUGUGCACCCUGGUGCACCCGAAAGCCAUCUACAACCUGGUGGUGCAGGUCACUGCGGUGCUCUUCUUCUGCCUGCCCAUGGCCACCAUCAGCGUGCUCUACCUGCUCAUUGGCCUGCGGCUGCGGAGUGAGAAACAGCUGAUCCCCAGGCAGGAGGCCAAGGGCAGGGCCAGGACAAGCGACAGCCGCAGGCUCCGGGGGCUGCAGGAUCGGGGUCGGACACAGGUGACCAAGAUGCUGUUUGUACUGGUCGUGGUGUUCGGGAUCUGCUGGGCCCCGUUCCACAUCGACCGCCUCAUGUGGAGUUUUGUGUCCCGCUGGACCGAGGGCCUGCUCCUGGCCUUCCAGUACGUGCACGUCAUCUCCGGAGUCUUCUUCUACCUUAGUUCGGCCGCCAACCCCGUGCUCUACAGCCUCAUGUCCACCCGCUUCCGGGACGCCUUCCGGGAGGCCCUGUGCCCGGGGACCCAGUGCCGUGGCCACAGAGCCCACCACAGCUCCUACAGCCUCAGCAGGGUGACCGUGGGCAGCAUCCUGGGUGACACGGGCUCCCCGGGCAGCCAGGCCCAGCCUCUGGCCGAGAACAGUAGCCCAGGGGGCCAGCAAGGGAUGCACCCCUCCUGAGAGGAGCCUCAUGCCGCUUCACCCCAAGGGGCCAGAAGGUCACACCCAGCUUUGGGGGGCCACACCUGCCUCUUCUGCAGGCUAUCCUCUGUCCCCCUACCCCACUUCAACCUAGUAACUCUGACUAGCACCUGACUACUGCCCCCACCCAUGUAUUGGAAGGAUUAUAAGGUUGCUGUCUGCUCUCCAGGCCCCUAGGCCUCCUGGUACAGCCCUGCCCUGGUAGGAACAUCAUGUCUGGUUAACUGGGCACGGCAAGACUUCAUCUGGGGGUUCCCCCACCCACCCCCAGUUUCUGAAGUGUUUCCGGGGCGGCCCUUCCUUUCCAUUUCUUGCUGAGCUUCCGGUUCUGGUCCACUCUGCCCCCUCUAGCUCUUGGUGCACCUGGGAACCUGCGACCUUCCUCUGACCCAACCGCUCCCUGGCCCCCAGUUGACUUACUCUGCUCUGGGAUUUCCACCUGGUGGAGCCGCUAGGUGGCAGGUGUGCCUGGGAUCCAGGGGACCUGCUUCCAAUCUCAGCUGCGCUGCCACCUCCUGUGCAACGCCCCCUCCCUGCUGUCCCCCGCCCCCGCCCGGCAUCAAGCAAAUUGCCUCUCCUUACAUGCCUGGGUCCCUUAUUUGCAAAACAAGAGGCCCUGACACUCGGGAGCGUCGAACUUUGGCACUUCAGCUGGUUUUCUGUGUGGGUGCAGAAGUCACUGCUGGUAACAGAUACCCUCAGAUUAACAAGGCGGAAAUUACCCUUCACAUCCUCACUACCUUCAACCCUUACUCCUGCCUUGACCCCUACAAGCUCCCCACCCCACCUCCUCCAGAGCCACGCAAAGAACAUUCUUUGUCCUAGAGAAAGUGAGACUUGGCACCGACUGAGGAACCACGUGUGUGAGCAGAGGCCCCUGCCUGCCUCCAUUCUCACCUCCUCAACAUGCUGGCCUGGGGGCCUGAGACGAGUGGAGCGUUGGGCCUGACUGGCCAGAGAAUCUCUGGGGACAAGAGACAUGGGCCACCCAAGGACAAAGGGUGCCCCGUGAGGACUGCUUGGGGCUCAGUGAAGUGAGAAGAGGGUGCAUGUGUGCUCAGUCGUUUCUGACUCUGAGACCCCACAGACUGUAGCCCACCAGGCUCUUCUGUUCAUGGGAUUCUCCAGGCAAGAAUACUGGAGUGGGUUGCCACGCCCUCCUCCAGGGGAUCUUUCUGACCCAGGGAUCGAACCGGUGUCUCCUGCAUCUCCUGCACUGCAGGCAAAUUCUUUCCUGCCGAGCCACUAGGAAAGCCCUGAGGUGAGAAGAGAGAUGGAGUAAGUCCGGAAAUUAAGCUCCAUCCUGAAUCCCCGUGGAUAGCUGGGUGCUCAGCCAGGACUCAGUUCAUGGCCAGAACUUGUCCUGCUACAGCGCCCUGCCCGUUCUCCUCCUGAGGGGGAACUGCAGCAGAAGGAACCCUGGUCUCCCUGGUGAGGGGCUGUAGGGCCCCUGGGUGCUACGGGGCUCUCCCUACAGACUCUCCCCAGCUCAGGCCCCUGGCCCCCUGACUGCAAAGUGGAGGAGAUUGUACAAAAUGUUCUGGGGUUUUUGAAAUUCAAUUUUAAAAACAAUACUCAUUUUAGAAAAUUGGAAAUUACAAAUGAGUGAAAACAAAAGCAAUUUAAAGUAAUUGCUAGGGGAUGGGGGGAGGGGAAAAUAGUUGUUUAAUGGGUACAGGGUUUCAGUUUGAAAGUUCUGGAGAUUGAUUGCAAACCAAUGUGAAUAUACUUGAAUAAUAUUGAAUUAUACACUUAAAUGGUUAAGAUGGUAAAUUGUAUAUGUAUUUUACUACAGUUUUUUUUUUU